AUGGCAGAUCAAGAACAUAUCCCUCCCUUUAUGCCUGCGGUCCAUCUACCCCCUGGGCCAUACGAUACAUCAUCCCCUCCUCUCCCUUCCUCACUAAUAUACGAUCCCAAAUUCCCAACGCCCAAACCAAACCCAUCUCAAUACCUAAUAAAAGUCCUCAGCACUGCCUUGUGCCGUGACGAGCUCACCUGGCCCGAAGUUAUCUCUAAUUCCCGUGUCAUCCAACCCCCCGUUCCCGGCUACGAUGUAUGUGGCACCAUCCUCUCUACACCAUCAAAUGACGAGCGAUCCUACGAUGGCCCCAAGUUUAAAGUAGGCGACGAAGUCUUUGGAUGGCUAAGUGUCCAUCGAGGUGGUGGUGCUGCAGACUGCGCACUGGCGGAGGAGAAUGAAUUGGCAUUCAAGCCGAAGAAUAUAUCCUCCAUUGAGGCUGCGAGUAUUCCGCUCUCCGCAAUGACCGCAUGGCAGGCAUUUUUUGCUCACGGGAACCUAAAGCAUAUUGCCGAUAAGUGUGGCCAUUUGGACAGUGAGGUAGUGCGUGAUGAUUGCAUCGAUGAGGAUAACAAAGAAGGGGUCAAGCAAAUGCAACCGCAUCCAGGACCCAUUCGAGUUCUAAUCACGAAUGCAUCCGGCGGAGUAGGCACGCAAGCCAUUCAACUCUUACGAUCAAAGACACUGUUCGGAGCCCAGAAAUUCUGGAUAUGCGGCACUUGUUCGAGCCGCAAUGCUGCUUUCUUGAAGGACACGCUACACAUUAAUGAAGUCAUCGACUACACUGUCCAGCCAGAUUUGAGCGAAGCCUUCAAGGCGAAUGGCUGGAAGCCUGUCGAUUUUGUGUUUGACUGUAUUGGAGGAUCGUCUCUGAAGCAAGCCCAUUCCCCGUCUGUCGUUUGUGAUAGCGGAUCGAUAGUCAGCGUUGCUCACCCUGUCAUGGAGGAAUGGGGUGACCUGGGGAUUGAAAAGAGGGGGCUCAACAGUCGGUUUUUCAUUAUCGCGCUGAAUGGGAAGCAGCUGGAGAAGAUUGGUAUAUUGGUGGAAAGGGGGGAAGUGAGAGGCUUCGUUGAUAAGGUCUUCGAACUUUACGAAGCCAGGGAGGCGAUGGAACUGGUUGAAUCGAAGAGAGUUCGGGGGAAAGUUGUCUUGAGGGUCAACUAG